AUGGAAACUCAAAGACUUGCAAACAAGACAUUUGAGCAGCGCUUAAGAUCAAGCUUAUUAGAAUACGUGUCAAAAACUAACACACGGACAAUGAUGCCUGCGAGACAGAAUAUUCUUCAAAUCCUGAUCUUCUUGUACGGGAAAGAGACAAGUAAUCAUGCUGGAUUUUCCAUCUCCAACAACAAAGAAGUCUCUGAUCAACAGAAGAAGUACAUUUUAUUUGCCUUUUUAUUUAUGGAGGAUCUGAAAAAGAAUUCCGUGACGGCAACAGAUCUGUCUACACUUCAAAGAAUGUGGGAUGAACAUAUACUGUAUCUGGCCAACAGCGGCAAAGUAAAAGCUGCUGAAAAUUAUCAAAGAAUCCUAGGAGACAGUGAGGAAACAAUUUUUAAUAUCAAAAGAUUUCAAAGUCACCUCAGUAAAACCAUGAAUUUCUUUGCCAAGAACAAGGACCCCCAGCCACAGAAGUUAGACUCCACUUUCCGCUUUAGAAAGUCAAACUUUGUUGAGAGGAUGACUACAAAACUGAAGAAACUGCUAGAUCAGCAUGACCCAGAUGACUUUUUUAUGAUUAAGUUCCAGGAUGUGAACUAAUUAGUGGAA